AUGUCCGACGACGAGAACCUCUCCAUCUACGAUGAAAUCGAAAUCGAGGACAUGACCUGGGACGAGGCCAUGCAGGUCUACCACUACCCCUGUCCUUGCGGCGACAAGUUCUCUAUUGCCCUCGACGAUCUGCUUGACGAGCAGGACAUUGCCGUCUGCCCCAGCUGCAGUCUGAUGAUCCGCGUCAUCUUUGAUCUGGAUGAUUUGCCACAGCCUCCUUCCUCUGGCGCUUCCGGCGGCCAAGUUCCCAUCGCUGCCUGA